GACGAUGACGGCUCUAUUGGAGGGUGUCCGCUUUGCAAUUCCAAGAUGCACUGCUGGGAUCAGUGCUCACGCGCGCAGAGCUUGUCUACCCGAAUCAAAGCUGAGUUGAUUGUCUUGAGGCGUGCCAACAAACCUCCGAUCCGAUCGAGGCUUCCAUUCAUAAAGGUUCUUCAAGAUGCGCUCGAUAAGUCAUUUGAGUACCUCUUCGCCGAAGCUCCGGGCAUGCCAUGGACC